AUGCCAAACAGAGAGAAGAAUGGAGAUACAUCCUCAACGACAACAAAAAAAUCUAUAACACAAACAGCAACAAUAAUAGAAACAGAAAUGUCAACAACAACAAAAUCAUCGUCAUCAUCAACUACAUUACCGACAACAACGCCAUCAACAAUAACAAUAACAACAACAAUAGCGACAUCAACACCAUCAUCAUCAUCAUCAUCAUCAACAUCAAGAACAUCCACUACAUUAUCCACAGCAACUUCAACAGCUUCGACAACAUCAACAACAACAACUUCAACAUCAUCAACACCAACAACAUCCACUAUAUUAUCCACAACAACUUCAACAACUUCAACAUCAUCGACAACAUCAACAACCACAUCCUCAUCAACAACAUCAUUCGCAGCUUGUAAUAGUACAUUUUUUAAUCGAACUAUUUACGCAGUUGGUUUACAGCCAUUUGCGGUAGCAGUAGCCGAUGUAAACAGCGACAAUCAACUGGAUAUUGUUACUGCAAAUAGUGGUUCAAACACCAUCAGUGUUCUUCUCAACACAGGCAAUGGCACUUUUUCUCCUCAAACUGCUUACUCAGUUGGUGUACAGCCAGCGUCAGUAGCAGUAGCCGAUGUGAACAACGACAAUAAACCCGAUAUUGUUACUGCAAAUAGUGAUUCAAACAGCAGCAGUGUUCUUCUCAAUACAGGCAACGGUACUUUUUCUCCUCGAACUACUUACGCAGUUGGCUCAGGUCCACGAUCAGUAGCAGUAGCUGAUAUGAACGGUGACAAUCAAUCGGAUAUUGUUACUGCACAUAGUGGUUCAAAGACCAUCAAUGUUCUUAUCAAUACAGGCAAUGGCACUUUUUCUCGUCAAGUUACUUACUCAGUCGGUGCAGAUCCAGUGGCAGUAGCUGUAGUCGAUGUGAACAACGACAAUAAAUCCGAUAUUGUCACUGCAGAUUGGAAUCCAGGCAGCGUCAGUAUUCUUCUCAACGCAGGCAACGGUACUUUUUCUCCUAAAAUUACUUACGCAGUUCCUGCAAAUCCAUAUGCAGUAGCAGUAGGGGAUGUGAACAACGACAGCAGAUCCGAUAUUGUCAUUGUACAUGUGAAUGCAAAAUCCGCCAGUAUUCUUGUCAGCAGAGGCAAUGGCACUUUUUCUCCUCGAACUACUUACGCAGUUGGCUCAGGUCCACGAUCAGUAGCAGUAGCCGAUGUGAACAGUGACAAUAAACCCGACAUUGUCGUUGCAAAUUAUAAUGACAAUACGGUCAGUAUUCUGCAACAGUGUUAG